AUGGGUGAUCACGGCAAUCAGGAUGACCUCACUGCUGCAAUUGCAAUCAUUCAACAACAAAUGCAGACUCAGCAACAACAGAUGUUGCAGAUGCAGCAGACCAUCCAAAAUCAGCAACAAGCUGCUCAAGAAGCAGCUAAGAACGCCUCGCGAGAAGAGCGUGGUGCUCCUACUGGGGAGCGGAACCUUCCGCGGAACUUCGCUACUAACCGCUCCCCUAUCAACCCUCCUCCUUGCACUCGGCAAGACUAUGAGAUCAAACCUUCACUGAUAAGUCUGGUACAGAAGAGCACAUUCAUCAGUCUCACUACUGACAUCCCGAUGGACCACAUCGAAGCCUUUGAGAGAAUCUGCAAUUUCUCUCGCUCUAACGGAGUGCCACCAGACUAUGUCAAGUGCACGCUGUUCCCAUUAUCUCUUGAAGGGAAAGCUUCUCGCUGGCUCCAAUCUCUGCCAACCGGCUCUCUUACCUCAUGGGACCAGGUUCGAUCAGCGUUCCUGAGCCACUUCUACACGAAGUCUAAAACCGCGGCUCUACGGCACAGGAUCUCCAAUUUCAAGCAGAAGUCUGAUGAACCUUUUCAUGAAGCUUGGGAGAGGUACAAGGAGUACCAGAGAGAGUGCCCGCACCAUGGGUUUGACAAUGACUAUAUAUUGGAAGUGUUCUAUGAUGGAGUGAGCUAUGAGUUUCAAAACACCCUUGAUUCUUUGAGUAAUGGAGAUUUCAUGACUCAAACCACACCUGGUGCGUUCGAUCUCAUUGAGAACAUGGCUUCAAGUUCACUAAACAAGAACAAGGAGCAUGACCGCUCAAAGAGUGUGAACAGCAUAGAUGAUCUCGCUACAAAGGUGGACCAACUGCUUAAGGGAAACCAAAGCCAAGUGUUCAUAAUAAAAGAAGCAGCUCCUGAGAAGAGUGCCGGCGACCUGGCGUUUGAUGCUGAAAUAUCAGGAGACGAUAAGCAAGAGAGUAACCAAGGUCAGUAUGCCGGGUAUCAAAAGAACUACCAACCCCGGACUUAUGUUCUAAGCCAACCGUAUAGCAAUCCACCUCAGAUGCAGAAACACCAUAACACUCAGCCAGCUACCUCCGCUCCUGUCGUUGUUCCGCAAGAUGAGACAAAAGCUAUGUUGCAGGAGCUGCUCCAAGGAAAACAACUCCAAGGGAAGGCUCUAAACCAGGUUACUACCGAGAUCAAUACCAGAAUGAACCAUAUGUUCAGCGAUUUGAGCACCAAGUACGACAAUGUCGUGAGCCAUAUGAGACAGAUGGACAUUCAGAUUGCUCAGACUGCUGAGAGCGUCAAGAGGCAACAAGGUACUCUACCUGGAAAAACUGACAAAAACCCUAAGGAGUGCAUUACGGUUGAGUUGAGAAGUGGAAAGCAACUGUCGGAACCGGAGAGGGAACCAACAGUUGGAACCAAUUCGCCAGAACCAGAACAACCAGCUGAGGCUGUCCGCCCGAUCCCAGAGCAUGUUUCUGCUCGCGAAUACACUCCUAAAGUCCCUUACCCUGUUCCAGCAAAGGCUACUCGUAAGGACCGAGAGGAGAUGAAAUGCAGAAAGAUGCUGGAGGACCUAACCGUCCGACUCCCCUUGAUGGAUGCGAUCCAAAUGAUACCCUCCAUGCGCAGCUUUAUGAAGGGAUUAAUCUCAGGAAAAAUAUCAGAGGAGAGCGAAUUCAUGACUAUCUCUAAGGAGUGCAGCGAAGUGCUUCAGAACAGACAGAUAAAGAAGCAAGGAGACCCUGGCAAGUUCGUCCUAUCUAUCCAUAUUGGGAAGACAGUUUUCUCAUCUUCCCUGGUUGAUCUGGGAUCCAGCGUAAACCUCAUGCCCUACUCUGUAGCACGACGUCUGGGAUACACGCAUUUCAAACCAACUUGGAUGUCCUUGGUGUUCGCGUAUAGAUCAGUUAAGUCCCCGGUUGGUAUUCUAGAGGAUCUCCAAGUAAAAUUCGGGAACACCUCUGUUCCAGCAGACUUCGUAGUUCUAGAGCUGGAAGAGGAAUCCAAAGAUCCUCUCAUUUUAGGAAGACCAUUCCUAUGUACUGUUGGAGCCAUCAUUGAUGUGCGGCAAGGGAAGAUUGAUCUCAAUCUGGGAGACAUAGUCAUGCAGUUCAAGAUGGAUGAGCUGCUGAAGAAGCCGAUGCUGGAUGGACAGGCCUUCAAGGUGGAUGAAGGGAUUGAUCUGCUGCAACCUCGCGACGGGAUGAUCGAGGAAAUUCUUACAAAAGAUCCACUUGAGCUUGCACUAGUAAGAGCUGAGGCCGAGCAGAGUGUCGAGAACAUUGACGCAGACGGGUAUGCUAAGAUGCUUGACUCCGCAAGGAGUAUGGGAAGAAUGGUGGCGAGUCUAAGUCUGGGGGAAGAAAGCAACAAGGACGAGAACACUCCAACUUGA